GACGUCACGAGCCCGCCCAUCACGUCUAUUUAACCCUCCCCGGCCCGCUCCGUCUUUCCCGUUGCCUGACAGACACCGAAGUGCUCGGCUGUUUUGAUUCACUGGCCAGUCUUGUGAGGCUUCCUUUAAUAUCAGCGCCAUGUCCGGAACCGAGGAGCGCACUUUCAUCGCGGUCAAGCCAGACGGGGUCCAGAGGGGACUGAUGGGCGAGAUCAUCAAGCGCUUCGAGCAGAAGGGCUUCCGCCUGGUGGCCAUGAAGUUCAUGCAAGCCUCUGAAGAGCUGCUGAAGGAGCACUACAUUGAUCUGCGAGAGCGACCCUUCUACAGCGGCCUGGUCAAGUACAUGAAUUCUGGGCCGGUUCUGGCAAUGGCAUGGGAAGGCCUCAAUGUAGUCAAGACUGGCAGAGUCAUGUUGGGCGAGACCAAUCCAGCAGACUCGAAGCCUGGUACCAUCCGUGGUGAUUUCUGCAUCCAAGUUGGCAGAAACAUCAUCCAUGGCAGUGACUCUGUGGAAAGUGCCAAGAAGGAGAUCAGCUUGUGGUUUAAACCUGAAGAGCUGGUGGCGUACAAGAGCUGCUCCAGGAACUGGAUCUACGAGUGACGCCCUCCAUCAUUCCAAAAGAAGUCAACCCGGGGAACAGAACAGUGUCUGGUUUUUAAUGGUUAAUCGAUCAAACAAGCACUUUUCAAUAAAGCUGAAGUAUUCUGGGUA